GUAUGUACUAUUGUUGCUCCAGUAGAAGUCGCUGCUCUCACUGUUUUCAUCGCAGCAGCACUUUUAGAGGAAGAAAGCGACCGGACGGCUCACACUCGCCGAUAACCAACCCAAACCUCCAAAAACCACUUGAAUUUAUAUUUUAGUGCAAAAAUGACGACUGCACCAUAUAACUAUUCCUAUAUUUUCAAAUAUAUCAUUAUUGGUGACAUGGGGGUUGGAAAGUCAUGUUUACUCCACCAGUUCACAGAAAAGAAAUUUAUGGCUGACUGUCCUCAUACAAUUGGUGUUGAGUUUGGCACACGGAUAAUUGAAGUGAGCGGGCAGAAGGUGAAGCUUCAGAUUUGGGACACGGCAGGGCAGGAGAGAUUCCGUGCUGUCACACGCAGCUACUACAGAGGAGCCGCCGGGGCCCUCAUGGUGUAUGACAUCACCAGGCGAAGCACGUACAACCACCUCAGCAGCUGGCUGACUGAUGCCAGGAAUCUCACCAACCCCAAUACUGUGAUCAUUCUAAUUGGUAACAAAGCAGACCUAGAAGCCCAGCGUGAUGUCACAUAUGAAGAGGCUAAGCAGUUUGCUGAAGAAAACGGUUUGUUAUUCCUUGAGGCAAGCGCAAAAACAGGUGAGAAUGUGGAGGAUGCUUUCCUUGAAGCCGCAAAGAAGAUCUACCAGAACAUUCAAGACGGCAGCCUGGACCUGAACGCGGCCGAGUCAGGGGUCCAGCACAAGCCUACCGCCCCCCAGGGUGGGCGGCUCAGCAGUGAUGCACAGCCUCAGAAGGAGGGCUGCAGCUGUUAAUGACCAUGGAGACUUCACUCUCUCUGUUUCUCUAUUCCUUCCCCUCCCAGAUCCCACCUCUGACUCCCUCUGUAUCUAAAAGUCUUUCCCCUUCCAGUAUGUUUGCUCAUGGAGACUGGGGCCAGAUGGCUCUGCGUGAUGGAGGUGUAACAUAAUUCAUGCUCUCUUCUUUCCCACCUUCACUUCUCCUCUGUAUUCCCUCACUUGUUUUGCUUGUUUCUCAUACACACACACCCCAGUGCUCCCAUUAAGCACUCAAGGGAGGACGGCUCCUCCACUGAACACUAAUCCUGAAGAGAGAAGAUGAUUGUCGAUAAACUGAAGAAAUGCUGGGUUUAUCCUUUACAGAUGUGAUGUGCGUAACUAUAAACUAAACAUCUCAUGUACAGGGGGGCUGUCUGAAUACUAGAGUAAUGUAAAUGAAAUGGAAAUAUUGGCAAACGUUAUUCGUGUUGAAGUGAUCAGGAGAACAUGCAUCAACAUUGUAUGUAACAUUUUGUUAAAAAUCUAAAACUGAAAUAUUGUAUUCUGUUUUAAAUUAGCUGUUUUUGCAGUUCACAUCCAAUCACCAAAUAUUUAUCCCUGUUUGUACCUAUUCAGGAAAUAAUAUACAUGUACUAUACAAGAUUAGUAUUGUUUUGAGAAGAAUCUCAAUGGAAGGUCCAUUGUAAAAAAAAAAAAAAAAAAAUCAGCUAUGGCUUUGGUCGUUUCAGACAGUUAUUUUAACUUAGUAACUGUUAUAGUAAUAUAUUGAAGAGGCUGGGACACAUUUUAGGUCCUGAAGAAUGUUUUCCGCACUUUGCAGUUUUGAUUUGGUUUUUUCCGAGGGCCUGGAGCUGGUUUUGUGUUAAGAUCUUAAGCCCAUACAAGGUUUCAGAUCCCCUUUCGGCUGUUUUUGAGCAUCUGUAAAUAUUUUAACAUCACAGUAGCUUAAGAAACAGACCAGCUGGAGAAACAUGUACCGAAUAUUCAGGCCCUGCAAAUUGUCAUCAUAUCAAGAUAUUCAUAUUGUUUUUACAUUAAUAAUUUCAGUUGCCUUAUGCUUUGCUUCUGUUCACUCUGAUGUGCUGCCCUUUUUAUUCAUAAUCCUCAUGUAGCUUUUAUCAAAAGAAUUCCAGCGAUUCACUUGUAAUAGAGAUUUUGCCUUUUCAAAACAUUCCAUUAAAUUGAUUUCCAAACACUGGUCA